CGUGCGCGCUUUCCUCGCGCGGGCUCGACUGGUGUGUAGCCCUUCGUAUUCCCCGCCUCCGCAGCCCCAGCUCCCGGUCCGGGAAGGCUCAUCCUCAGAGUUCGGAAUGUUCCCUGAACUCAAUAACCUUCUCAACACCACUCCUGACAGGGCGGAGCAGGGGAAACUGACUCUACUCUGUGAUGCCAACACAGAUGGCAGCUUCCUUGUGCACCACUUUCUCUCCUUCUACCUCAAAGCUAAUUGUAAAGUCUGCUUUGUGGCACUGAUCCAGUCCUUCAGUCACUACAAUAUCGUGGGACAGAAGUUGGGUGUCAGCCUGACUGUGGCACGGGAGUGCGGGCAGCUUGUGUUCCUAGAAGGUCUUAAGUCUUCGGUGGAUGUUUUCUUCCGGGCUCAGGCUGAGCCACACCCCUUGCAGUUCCUCAGGGAGGCCAAUGCUGAGAACCUGCAGCCACUGUACGAGUUUGUGCGGGAGGCUCUGAAGCCCGUGGAUGAUGGAGACGCUGCGUGGAGGUGCCCAGUGCUGCUGGUGGACGACCUCAGUGUGCUGCUGAGCCUGGGCAUGGGUGCGGUGGCUGUAUUGGACUUCAUCCACUACUGCAGGGCCACCGUGUGCUGGGAACGAAAGGGAAACAUAGUAGCCCUGGUGCACGACAGUGGAGACACCGAGGAGGAGGAGAACAACAUCCUUUUGAACGGCCUUAGCCACCAGAGCCACCUGAUCCUGCGGGCUGAGGGGCUGGCCACUGGCUUCUGCAGGGACGUGCAUGGGCAGCUAAGGAUCCUCUGGAGGACGCCAUCACAGCCCACAACCCAGCGGGAUCGGAGCCUCACUUACCAGUACAAGAUACAGGACAAGAGCGUGUCCUUUUUUGCCAAAGGAAUGUCUCCUGCUGUUCUGUGACCUGAUUGAGGGGCAAAUGUAGCUACCUUGGACUGUUUUCAGAUGUGAAAGAUGAAACAAUGAGUGGGAAUGGAUCUGCACACCUUUGAAGUGGUAUUUCAGCCUGGAUUGCCACUACUGUGACCCGAUGCCGUGGAAUGGCUCUGUGACAGUAUGCCUUUGUUGCCCAGGGCCCUAUUCCGGAAACACAUAAGGAAUUGCAACCCGGCCUCUGCUGAGAGAGAUGCCACAUAUUGAAACCAGGUGAAAGUCAUCCCAGGAGCCUUUCAUUAAAUACACUUUAGCCUCAA